AUGAUGGGCCUCGCGUCGGUCGUCACGACCUUCCUUGUGGCCUCGCGCCUCUUCUCCCUGUCGGCUGCCGCUCCCACCGCUGCCGCUGACCCUGCCCCCCAGGAUAACUCCGCCACCGCUGCCUCCGACUGGUGGUUCGCUCAGAUCGAGCGUGAGGGAGCUGCUGCCUUUGGUACCCAGGGCUACCAAGUCUUCCGUAAUGUCAAGGACUUUGGUGCCGUCGGUGAUGGCAUCACCGAUGACACCGAUGCCAUUAACCGAGCCAUGUCUUCGGGCGACCGUUGCUACUUUGGCUGCGACUCGCAGACCACCACCCCCGGCCUCGUUUACUUCCCUCCCGGCAUCUACCUCGUCAGCAGGCCCCUGAUUCCCAUGUACUACACCCACAUGGUCGGCGACCUGCAUAACCCCCCUACCCUGCGCGCCGCCCCCAACUUCGCCGGCAUGGCCGUCGUCGACGCCAACCCCUAUGACAACCAGGGCAACAACGCCUGGACAAACCAGAACAACUUCUUCCGCCAGAUGCGCAACUUCAUCGUCGACCUGACCGCCCAGCCCGCCUCCACUGGCACCGGCAUCCACUGGCAGGUGGCCCAGGCCACCAGCCUGCAGAACAUCGUCUUCAACAUGCACCGCGGCGGCGCUCAGCAGGGCAUCUUCAUCGACAACGGCUCGGGCGGCUUCAUGACCGACCUCGUCUUCAACGGCGGCCGGUUCGGCAUGUUCAUCGGCAGCCAGCAGUUCACCACACGCAACCUGACCUUCAACCACUGCGACACCGCCAUCUUCAUGAACUGGAACUGGCUCUGGACCUUCCACGGCCUCAACAUUAACAACUGCAACAUCGGCAUCAACAUGGCCAACGGGGGCCACAUCGACGCCCAGACCGUCGGCUCCGUCCUCCUCCUCGACAGCACCAUCUGCGCCACCGAUGUCGGUAUCAUGCAGGCCCAUGACCCUUCGUCCUCCUGGACCAACGGCACUCUGAUCCUCGACAAUGUUGACAUGUCCUCCGGCGUGCGCGCCGCCGUCCAAAACGAAGUCACCGGCCGCGUCGUCCUCGAAGGCAACCGGGUCAUCUCUUCGUGGGCCCAGGGCCGCGCUUACACCCCGCAGAACGGCGGUGAGGACAUCCAGGGCCCGCAGACCGCCGUGCAGCGCCCGGCCUCGCUCGUCGAUUCCAACGGCCGCUUCGUCGCCCGCAGCAAGCCCCAGUAUGGUGAUGUUCCCGCCUCCCGCUUCCUCCGCGCCAAGGCCCACGGUUGUGCUGGCGACGGCUCCACCGACGACACCGCCGCCAUCCAGGCUCUCCUCAACAGCGCCGGCCCCGACGACGUCGUCUACUUUGACCACGGCGCCUACAUCAUCACCGACACUGUGCAGGUCCCCAAGAACACCCGCAUCAUCGGUGAGAUCUGGCCGCUCCUCAUGGCCGGCGGCAACACCAACUUCCAGGACCAGGCUAACCCCAAGCCGAUGCUCCGCGUCGGCCAACCGGGCGACGUCGGCACCUUCGAGAUGAUCGAUUUCAUGAUCGAGACCCAGGGCCCCCAGCCGGGUGCCAUCCUGAUGGAGUUCAACAUCGAGGGCAGCUCCCCCGGCGCCGCCGGCCUCUGGGACGUCCACUUCCGCAUCGGCGGCUCGGCCGGCACGCGCUUGCAGUCGGACACGUGCGCUAAGACCCCUGAAUUCACCACCACACCCAACCCGGAGUGCGUCGGCAGCUGGAUGCUGACCCACAUCACCGAGUCUUCGUCGGGCUAUUUCGAGAACGUCUGGUGGUGGGUGUCGGACCACGAGCUGGACCUGCCGGGCUGGGGCCAGAUCAACAUAUACAACGGCCGCGGCGUGCUCAUCGAGUCCACCAAGGGUGCCUGGUUCUGGGGCACCGCCUCGGAGCACAACGUGUUCUACAACUACCAGUUCAACUCGGCCGACAAUGUCUUCCUGGGCCACAUCCAGACCGAGACGGCCUACUUCCAGGGCAACCCGGAUGCCUUGGUCCCCUUCAGCCCGCACACCGAGGGACCCUGGCUUGACCCAGACUUUGAGGCGUUUUGCUCCCAGCACGCCAUCCAGAACGGCCGCUGCGCCCGUACCUGGGGCGUCAGGGCCAUCGACUCUAACCACAUCUUUCUGUUCGGCGCUGGCAUGUACUCCUUCUUCGACAACUAUGCCCAGCAGUGCGUCCCGGAGAACAACUGCCAGGACCACAUGACUUUGCUCGAGAACAGCUCGGUUCACUUUUACGGCAUCAGCACCAAGGCGGCCGUCAGCAUGAUUACCGUUGAGGGGAACAAUGUCGCCCUUGACAGGGACAACCGGAACAGUUUCUGUGCUACCUUGGCUACCUUCCAGUCAUGA